AUGGACAAACUAUUUUCUGUUAUUGCUGCUCUCAACGCAGGCAAACUCCCCACCCAGAACCAGGUGGGCGCCGCAAUCGACUGGACACUCGAGAAUAUCGUCCCGAGCGACGAAUCUCCUGAUGCUGGAAAGCUGAGCAUCCCAGGUAAAACCCUCGCGCAGGACACACAAUACCUCCUCACUGCAUACAAGAUGCUUGGGGACAACAAAAACUGUGAUGCCAUCUCAACUUUGCUCAGAUUCAAUUUGAUCUCACUGAAUUCCCUCGGUACAGAUGACAAUCUCUUGCAAGACGUCCUCUGGCAUCUCUCUGAGGGAGAUUUCGCAGAAGCGCGUGUAGAAGCAACUGGUCCGGAAGAGGCUUCCACCGAUCUCCAAUCGAUUCGCUCCGAAAUCCGCUCUUUUCUACGUACUCUUUGGACCAUCGAAGCCGGAGCUGCUGAGGCCAAGACAAUUUCACGCGAGAUAACAAAUUCCGCUAAAGACAUCGCUGUGUGCCCACGUAUUCGUCCAAAGGAGAUCUAUCACUAUAUCUGUGAACUUGCGCAGAAGGACAAGGACUACCACCGCACCCUCUCCACACUUUUAGACAUUAUGUCGAAGUGGAUCAACAAGCCUCUUGAUACCGCCGCUGAUAUGAACCAGUCACCGUCGUUGGAGUUUUUCAUUAACGAUCCUUCCGAGAAGCAUGUCAUUGAAGCGCUUCGUGGCAUCUGCACUCUCGUCGAGCGCGCCGCUGACUGGCCCUUGGUUAACAUAUUUGCCAAGGCCCAAUCGUGCACCGCACACGCCAGGAAUGACAGAGACAUAAAUAGGUGGAUCAACGAAUUAUUCGUGCACAUCCGGAAGGGUCUCGACGAGCCCAACUAUGUACGGUCAGAAGAAGCACAGCAAAUGCAUAAACAACUUGGCGAGCGCUGGGGGCUGUUUGUUCACCAACAUUCGGAUACGGGUCGAAUGUUUUUGGAUGUGUGGGACCUCAUGAUCAAGCUGCAUGCUUUCCAACAUGGUAUCACAACGGAUAACAACCUGCAUGGUGUGCGGCUGGGACAUGCUGCGUUCGGUAAGUACUUUGCGCAGAACGUUGGUAUGGGCGGACAGACGGGUAUGCAUUUUGCCCUCGAUCACGCUUCGUGGUUCUGGCAGGACGUGCUCAAUGUCUAUGCGCCACGCAUCUUGCGCGUCAUCAAAGACAUUCCAAUUCCAGGAACCGAGUACGCUGAUAACGAGAUCGAAUUUAUUUUGGGGAAUAUCAACAUCUCAUCGCUGAGCUUGCUUCCUGGGCACGGCUACAUCACUGCACCCUCCGGGUCGCAGUCGACCACCACCGCCUCUGGCACCCUCACGCAUAUUCGGAUGCAAGCAGUCCAGCUCGUGCUCAAGGAGGUCUCAUUCUUUUACAAGGAGAAGGUUACUAUUUUCGGGCCCAAGGAAUUCGUAGGUCUUAUGGAGUUCAUUCUCCCAACAAAGGGGAUCGAUAUUGACCUCAAGUUCCGUUUGAUCCCAAAUACGCCCGUGGGUCUCAAGGAGCGCGAGCGUCUUGGACGGUUCUUCAAAACCGAGCGCAUUGAGGUGACUGUGGCGGAAGAUGUCGCCAUGAGAGUUCAGCAGUGCAAUCAGCCCAUCUUCAGAUCCUCCUUCAAGCCUGUCUUCAUGCUUCGCUUCCGCGAGGCAUUUUCACGCAAUCUGGAGGAGCAGAUCAGGGGACUGUUUGAUACUGCUGACGCUCUGGCAUUUGAUAUUGGGCGGCACUCAGAGGUGUUCCAGGAUGCUGAAUUUGGGACUGCGUCGUCUGUCGUUUCUGCAUUGUUGAGUGAGAUAGGAAAGCUUUGUCGGAUGGAAGGUGGUCUGCUAGCUGGUCGGAAAGCGGCUGGAACGGGAGUUGUCAAGGAUGAUCUGGGCGGCAACGCGACGAUGGGCGCGGAACCACAGAUUCUGCCCGGGGAGGAGAGAGAGCGUCACACCUUCCGAGGCACCUCCGAUAUCUUCAGGAAUCUUUUCUGCAAGCAGACUGUUGUUAAACGAGGGAAUCACGCCGGGAAGGAAGGUCCAAAGCAGGUGCAGAGUUUCAAGCAAAGCGUCGAGCACAAGAAGCUGGAGGAGGAGAAGCGGAGGGGGUGGCAAAGUUCGGCAUUCGAUCUGUAA